AUGGCCGUUUCCCCAAGCGCCCUCCCCAGGUGUCUGCUCACCCUCAUCCUCCUGCAGCUGCCCACCCUGGAUUCAGCCCCCUUUGAAGUCCUCAGACCCCCGGAGCCCAUCCUAGCUGUCGUGGGAGGAGACGCUGAGCUGCCCUGUCACCUGCCAGUGAACGCGAGCGCCGAGCGCACGGAGCUGCGGUGGUUCCGACACACCUUCUCGCCGGCCGUGCUGGUGCUCCUGGCGGGGCACGAGCAGGAGGAUGAACAGAUGCCCGAGUACCGCGGGAGGGCCUCCCUGGUGCCGGGGGCGCUCGCCGAUGGGCGCGCAGCCUUGCGGAUCCGUGCCAUCAGGGCCUCCGACGACGGCGAGUACAGGUGCAUCUUCAGGAAGGACAGCAGCUACCAGGAGGCCGCCGUGAGCCUGAAGGUGGCCGCUCUGGGCUCUGAUCCGCACAUCCAUAUGGAAGUUCAAGAGAAUGGAGAGAUCCGACUGGAGUGCAACUCAGUAGGAUGGUACCCAGAGCCGCAGGUGCAGUGGAGAACUUCCUGGGGAGAGAAGCUUGCAUCCGUGUCUGAGUCCAGGAGUGCUGAUGAAGAAGGCCUGUUCACUGUGGCUACUUCAGUGGUCAUCAGAGACACCUCCCUGGGGAACAUGUCUUGCUGCAUCCAGAACCCCCUGCUUGGCCAGGAGAAGGAAGCAGGGGUUUCGAUACCAGCUCCCUUCUUCCCAAGAUUGCCUCCCUGGAUUGUGGUUGUUGCUGUCAUUCUGAUAAUCCUAGGACUUCUCACCAUUGGGUCCAUAUUUUUCAUCUGGAGACUAUACAAGGAAAGAGCCAAAGAGAGGAAGCAUGCAUUCAGCUCUAAAGAGAAACUCCUGGAGGAACUCAAAUGGAAAAAGGCCACAUUGCACGCAGUUGAUGUGACUCUGGACCCAGACACAGCCCACCCGCACCUUUUCCUGUAUGAAGAUUUAAAAUCUGUUCGACUGGAAGAUUCCCGUCAGAAACUGCCUGAGAAACCAGAGAGAUUUGACUCUUGGCCCUGUGUGCUGGGCCGUGAGGCCUUGACCUUGGGCAGGCAUUACUGGGAGGUGGAGGUGGGAGACAGGACUGACUGGGCCAUUGGCGUGUGCAGGGAGAACGUGGUCAAGAAAGGAUUUGACCCCAUGACUCCCGAGAAUGGCUUCUGGGCUGUGGAGCUCUAUGGAAAUGGCUACUGGGCCCUCACCCCGCUCCGGACCCCUCUCCCCUUGGCAGGACCCCCCCGCAGGGUUGGGAUUUUCCUGGACUGUGAUGCAGGAGACGUCUCCUUCUACAACAUGGCCGAUGGAUCCCAUAUCUAUUCUUUCUCCAACAUCUCUUUCUCGUGCCCUCUCCGGCCCUUCUUUUGCCUGUGGUCCUGUGGGAAGAAGCCUCUGACCAUCUGCCCAACUGCUGGCGGGCCUGAGGGGGUCACAGUAGCUGCAGAUGCCCAGGGCCUCUCUAAGGACAUCCCAUUGUCCCCUAUGGGGGAGGACGCUGCCUCUGGGAACACAGACACUCUCCAUUCUAAAUUAAUCCCUACCCAACCCGGCCAAGGAAUGUCCCAGUGCAACUAG